ACACACACACACACACACACAUCCUCUCUCUCUCUUUCUGUCCGUCUUUCUUUCUAUCUCUCAGUCAGUAAUAAUGGAGCCCAGCAGUCCGAAGAAGAUCCAGUUUGCUGUGCCUCCGCUGCAGGGACAGCUGGACCCACAGGCCGCAGAACAUAUCCGUCGCAGAAGACCAACUCCUGCCACUCUGCAGAUAUACAGACAACCUGGCACAGAUGUUGGUGAUCAAAACAACGCCAGCGGAGAGUCACAGGUCUCAGAAGCCUCCCAGAGGAAGCAGAGCACCUACGCCCCACCCUCCAUGAAAGAGCUUCAGCUGGGGGUGGAGCAGCACGUUCUGGGGGCGGGGCUUUGUGAGGCAGAAGGCCAGCUAAGCCCAAUCACAGCACAGCUCUAUGCCAGCGCUCUGUGGGCCAAUUACAAUGGGGAAGAGGAAGCCAAUGGGAAUGAAGCAUGUCUGCUGUUAGCCAAUCAGGAGAGAGGAGUGGCAGAGAGCAACAGUGAAGGGGAUUUGUCAUGUGACAACAAAAAGGAAGCGUCCAGUCCGGACUCCAUCUCUCGAUAGCCACCUUCGCUCUGUUUCAUGUAUCUGUCUUUCCAUAAUCAACUUUCUCUUCUCUUAGUCACUGACAUUCAUCUGAUCCCAUUAACAUCACUGCUUCUUCCUGUGCCUCACAUAAACUCUGUGCUUUGAUUUGUUUCUCUCCCAUGCAGACAUACUAAAUACACACAUAAAGAUUUUAGUUAAAUGUGCUAAAUCUGUCUAAAUUUAAAUUACUGCAGGUCAUGUUGGUGAGGCUUAGCUUGUGAAUAAAGAUAUACUAUAUUCAAAAAUGCACUGGAUGUGUGAGUGUAAUAUUUUUAAACACAAUAGUUAAUCCUUUAUUUAUCUGCUUUUACAGAAACGUGUAUUUUUGGGGGAUUUGCUUUAGAUUAAUUAAACACAUAAAGCAUAGCAUUGGGACGACCAUUUAACAUGCUGUUUUGUCUCUGUGCACCAUUUCUUGAGGGAAAUAUAAAUAGCAUUUCAUGCCGUGCCAUACAUCUGUGUGACCCCGUUGUUUGUAGAUCAGCGAUCCCCUGUCAAUGCAUUAACAGCUGAGAUGUCUCUGUAUGUGUCUGUUUUUAUCCUAUGGGCCUGUAGAGCCUUAAAUGUCCACAGAUUUUCUGCAGGAAGAAAUAAAGGAAAAUAAAUAAUCCUCCAAAAUAGCCACAAACACAUAUUCUUCAAAUAAAAGCCCAUCCCAAUUUGAGGCCCAAGUUCCUUUUAGGGUGCAUAUGAUUAGAUCAUUUGAAAGUGAGUCAUUGUCUUUGCCUGUUUUUUAGUGUUAUUUAAGAUUUAGCAGGUUGAAAUGAAAAUGGAAAAAAGGUUACCCUUUUAUCAUUUUUGUUAUGGACAGUCCUUGUGUACAAGUGUCUCUGGGUAAGGAUAUCGUUUAUUGUUUAUUGAUUUGUUUGGCUAUUUGGAUGCUUACAUGUCACUGUGAAUUAGUAAAUUAAAAUAUAUAUAUAUGAUUUUACUUUCUUUUUAGUAUCAACUGUCCACUUUCAUUCCUUUGCCUGCCAUUUUCAGAAUCAGAAUCAUAAAUACUUUAUUAUUCCCGUGGUGGACAUUUGAUUUAAAGUCUGAUUGUUUGUGGGUGAUCGCGUGAAGGUGGGGCUAGGGGUCUGCAUGACAUGAAAUAUCAUACCUUCAAACAACUAUCAAAGAAAAAUACAACCGAGCGCCCUGGAAAUUUAUUGCAUCACUCAUGGAGAGGUGAAUCAUUCAUGUGUGUGACUCAAAAUGUAUAUUUUAUGUUUCAAAGGAUCAUGGCGAAGUCGGUUUCCUAGCACAUAACAUAAGUAUAAAGAUUAAGAUAACCUGAAGUUUCAGACGUGUAUCACAAAUACUACAGAUUUCAGAAUUGUGUGUUUUGAAUUAUUUGAUCAAAAUGGAUGUAUUUUAUUAUCGCAUGCAAUGUGUAUAUCACAUGACUUGCAGCUUGUAAAGGUUGGAUAGCUUUAAAAUACCACAUUUUGGGGAUUGGUGUAAUCUAUAAUAAUGUAUCAUGAUUUAUUUUUUGAUUGUAAAAUAUGUACUGGUAUAAAUGAUCAACCUCUAGGUCACAGCAGCUUUGAAGUCAAUAUCGAGGAGAAAAUAUAUAGGUGUAUACUCUGAAAUGUAGAGAAGAUGCAGAAGUGGCUCAUAAUGACAUGACUGAAGUAAAGGACAAGUACUUUAGAAUUGUACUUGAAGAUAUUACUUCAGUGAAUGUACCUUACUUCCUCCACUUAAUGUCAAUUAACAGGUUUAAGAUUGCUUUGUCAUGCCUGAAAAGAUUAUUUAAGUGUAUGGGUGGAAACCACAACAAGUAUUGAUUAUCUUUUCAAUAUUGUUGAAUUCGAGUCAC